AUGGACUUCACAUUCCACGAAGGCGUAAAUGGCUCCGCGCCCUGGGUCGAGUUCUACCCGUACAACCCAUCUCAAACAGCCGGCUAUGCCUUCAUGGCCAUAUUUGGCUUAACGACAGUCGUUCACAUCAUUCUGAUGUUUCCGUACAAGGCAGCCUACUUCAUUCCUCUAAUCCUGGGCGGAAUAUGUACGUACAUCAUAUACUACCCUCCCCUGUUUACAAAUUAUACACGACGAACACCACUAACAAAUAUAUCAGGCGAAACAUUCGGCUACUAUGGCCGCGCCUGGUCCCACAACAACAGAACCCUGAUCAGCUCCUGGGCCCUCCAACAAAUGCUCAUUCUCUGCGCACCACCCUUCGUCGCUGCAACAAUUUACAUGGUACUCGGUCGCAUCAUCCGCGCCUUCGAUGCCGAGCACCUCUCCCCCAUGCGAACUAAACGGAUAACCGUCCUCUUCGUGCUAAACGACAUUAUCUGCUUCCUGACCCAACUCGGCGGCGCAGGCGUCCAGAUCACGGGCGAUGCCAAGGUCAUGGAUAUUGGACGGAAAGUCGUUCUUGUCGGACUUGUGUUUGCGCUUGUGGUCUUCCUGGUGUUUGUUUGGAUCGCAUGGGUGUUUCAUCGGAGACUAGCUGCUGAGCCGACGAGGGUGGCGGCUGAGAACCCUGAUUUAGGUUGGAAGAGGUAUAUGUGGGCGAUUUAUGUGAGUUGUUUGUUUUUGAUGGUGAGGAAUUUGGUUAGGUUGGUGGAGUUUGGGGCGGUUAAGUCGGCUUUGAAUCAGCAGGAGGCGUAUAUUUAUGUCUUUGAUGCCGCGAUGAUGUUUCUUUCGAUGGCGGUUUUGGUGUUUUGGCAUCCGGGGUUGUUGAUUAAGAAGGCGAGACGGGCUGGGGAGGCUGGGAGGUUGUGUGCUGGUAUGGAGGAGGGGGAGAGUGGUGAUGGGGUGCCUUUGGCUGGGUAUAAGGGGUAUCAGAGGUGUUGA